AUGACGCGACACUCCUUCACACGCCGACAACGCGACUACCUGGAGGCUCGCUUUCACGACGAUCCGUACGCCUCGCCGGCACGACGCCGCGAGAUUGCCGCCAAAUUUGACGUCGCGGAAACGAGGAUCAAGCUGUGGUUCCAGAAUCGGCGACAGCGCGACAAGCUCGGACGUGCUACUUCAAAGCCAGAACAGGCGGCAAAA